AUGAAGGAGGUUAUCUUCUUGCUGUUCCUUUUGCACUUCCAGAGUGGCAACCUUGGAUUUAACACUCCAGGAAAGCUUUGGACCACAGAGGAGGGUGGUGAAAGCCCAACAACUUACUCAGACAUGACCCCAUCUCCAACUGCAGUGCAUGGCUCUGUGAAUGCAGUGACAACUGCAGGGUCACCCUAUUCUGAGAUACAAGUUGCCAAGGAGAGUGCAUCACAGGCACCCACUUCUGCAUCUUCAGGCAAGACUCUGGGAAUGAAAGCAGUGAAGAAAACUUCCAAUUCUACAACCUCCAUCCCUACAAGCCAGUCAAAUGGACACAGUGAUGGGGACUCUGACAAAGAUAAGAUGAGAAGCUCGUCUAGCAGCGAAAUGACAUCUCUACAGAGCAAUGCAAGAAAGGCCCCUCUCCAGCAAGAGGUCACUCCAAGCCAGGAUAGAGCAGCAGGGAACAGAGCUCUCAAGCAGUCAUCCUACAGCACUGAUAUCACCAACACCCAAAGGGAUGCCAACUCUAAAGCAUCUGGCUUUCAAACUACCAGGGGAAAAAACUGGUGUGCUUAUGUCCAUACCAGACUGUUGCCUACAGUGGUAGUGGACAACCUGGAAACCUUCUCAUCAGGCAGAGCAAAGCCUUGCACUUGGCUUAUAGGAUCCUGUGCUCAGAGGUCCCAGACAACAACGCACGUGGCCUACAGAAUCAAGCAUAAAAUAGUAACAUCGCUGGAAUGGAAGUGCUGUCCUGGGUACAGUGGGCAAAACUGCCAAUCCACAGCUCAAGAACAACAAUCGUUUCUACACAGCAAUCAGGCUGAAAGCAGCAGAACUCUCAGUGAGAGGACACCAGGAGUUUCACAGGACCCCAGUGGUCCAGCACUUACACAAAAAAUGAAUGAGAAGAUUAGCAGCCAGGAGAUGAAACUGACUUUUCUACAGAAGAAGGUUGACAACAUUACUGCUGCCAUGAAUGAUGCAAGCAAGACUCUUUCUUCUCUGGAAGGCAAAAUCAAUGAAAAUAAGGGCAGAGACUUCCAGUCUUUUCUAAAAGGUCUCAAAUCCAAGAGUAUUAAUAUGUUAGUCAAAGACAUUGUCAGAGAACAGUUAGAAGGAUUUCGAAGAGAAAUGCAAGAGAGCAUUGCUCAAAUUUUCAAGACUGUGUCUAGUUUAUCAGAAGAUCUUGAAAAUACAAAAGAAUUAGUCAAACAUCUGAAUGAAACCCAACAAAAAAUUGCUCAAGAGAAAGACAGUGGGCCAACAAAGCUUGACAUUCUGGAGCUAAAAAGUCAUAUGGUGCAGAUGAAAGAGGAAAUGACCCUAAUUUGUGACAAACCCGUGAAAGCUUUACAGGAAAAGCAGAAAUCCUUGGAAGACAACUUGGAACAUCAGCGGUCAAGAAAUGUCAUUUAUUAUGAAUCUUUAAAUAGGACCCUUACUGAAAUGAAAGAUGCUCAUGAACAACUGUUAUCAGUUGAACAGUCUUCAAAUCAAAACAUCCCUUCAACGGAUCAAGUCACAGAGUACAACAUUACAGAGUACAUGUUCACACUAAAUGAGAAAGUAAAGAAACAGGGCCUGAUGGUGCUGCAGAUUUACGAUGACUUAAGAAUCCAGGACAGCAAAAUCAGCAAUCUCAGUGUUGAACUGGAAAUUCAGAGAGAUUCUGUUCUGAGAGUCUGUGAUGGCAUGUUGUCAGAGAGCAGAAAAGAUUUCCAAAUGCAGCUGGCAGCAACCCAAGAGAAUGUGCUUAUCCUAAACAGAAGUCUCUCUGACAUGGUCCUUCCAUUGGACAGUAAGAUUGAUAAAAUGAAUGAGCAAAUUAAUGAUUUGUGCUAUGACAUGGAGAUCCUGCAACCCUUGAUUGAACAAGGGGCACCUUUUAGUCUGACUUCAGAGUAUGAACACCAAAUUCAAGCUGAAGCAAUCAAUGAAAAGCUUGAAAACCUUACAACUGCCAUUAACAGAAUGAGUUCUACAAUUAAGGGACUUUCUAAAACUCAGGAAGGACUUAAAAAUGAAUCUCAGGCUUAUCAGGAACUCUUUGAGAGUCGUAUUAAUGAAUGCUCUAUGGAAAUAGAGGAUGGAUUAAACAAGACCAUGACGGUAAUAAACAGUGCUAUUGAUUCUAUUCAAGAUAACUAUGUACUGAAACAUACGCUACAUGCCCUGAAAAAUGAGACUGAAGUCUGCUGUGGCAGAGCAGAGAAGCUGGACAGCCUGCUGGCUUUCAUUUCCCAGUUGCAACAGUUGAAUGAAACCCUCUGGACACUGCUUACUGGCAAGAAACAGGAAUUCACUUCACAAGUAGUUACAUCCAUUUCUGAUCUUCCGUAUGUAGAGUCUGACAAGAUUAUGCUCCACAAUUUCAGAAGAAUUUACUAUAUUUUAAAUGAAACGUCAUCAAAAGUGAACAAUCAACAAAAAGAUAUCACCCGACUGGAAGAAAAACUAUAUGACUCUGUGGAGGAAUCUAGGGACCAUGAGGUUCGCCUCCUGGGUGUGGAGUCAAAAAUUUCUAAGUUUUUGGCAAAUAACUGUGUCUCACUGAAGAAAAACAAGGCUGCCUCAACAGAGAAAGAACAAAUGAUCUCACUUCAGCUCCAGGCACUGAAUUCCAGGAUUAAGGCCCUGGAAGCCAAGUCAAUCCGCUUCUCAAACAGCAUUCCACUUCUGAACAGGACUGCUCAUGAAGUCUGGGGGCUGUGUCAGGAUGCCAACAGCAGCAUCCAAAAAGUGAAUGCAAGUAUACCUGUACUGAUUAAACUUGCUCAGCCAGAUAUUCCCCUACUGCAAAGAGGCCUCAAAGAGCUCAUUGAAUCUGUGCUUGAAAUAAAAGCAGGGACUAUCCUGACAAAUUUAACUGAGCAUGUUGACGUAUUGGUGGCAAGUGCAAUGAACAACAUCACCAAACUUCAGAAGCAAGUGAAACCAACUAUAAAGAAACCAGCUCCAGUGAAAAAAGGGACAACAAACAUCACCAUGAGCCUGGCAAGCCGAAGUCAGAGAAACACAGAUAAUACUAUAGAUUCAGGGCAGUAUUCAGCUUGUGUCAGCUCCCCAUGCCAGAAUGGAGGAACCUGUAUCAAUGACAGAGAGAAUUUUAUUUGUGCUUGUCGCCACCCCUUUGGAGGAGUCAACUGCAGUACGAAGCUGGUGAACGACAAUUCUCUGAGUGUUGAUUUUUCAAAGGGAUCAUACAGAUAUGCACCUAUGGUAGCUUUUUUUGCCUCUCAUACAUAUGGGAUGACAACUCCAGGACCCAUCAGAUUUAACAAUCUGGAUGUCAACUACGGAGCUUCAUUUGCCCCAGCAAGUGGGAAGUUCCAUGUUCCAUAUCUUGGGGUGUAUGUUUUUGAAUAUACCAUUGAAUCAUUUAGUCCCCGUGCCUCUGGCUAUCUGGUCAUCGAUGGAAUAGACAAACUUAGUUUUCAGGCUGAAAAUAUUAAUAGCAACAAGUACACUGACAGAGUAAUUACUGGAAAUGCUUUAUUAGAAUUAAAUUAUGGUCAAGAAGUCUGGCUGAGACUGGCAGCUGGCUCUAUACCAGCCAAGUAUCCACCAGUCACUACCUUUAGUGGUUACUUGUUGUAUCGUACCUAA